GCGGGUCUAGCGGGACAGCAGCUGUGGGGAUGCAAAUGCAAGCGAAGGCUAGAAUGUCUGGGGGCCAGGGGCACGGCGGAGGCAGCCAGCCCCAGCAGCCGCGGCUGGGGCUCAUAUGGCGAGGGGAGGUGCCCUACAGCUUCCACAUCCGGGGCUCAGGGCCCUUGCAGCCCUAGCCUCCUGGCCUCAGCAGUUUCCAGAAGCUGGCUCAGGACUCCUCAGCCGUCUGCCAUGGCCCCGGGACUGCCCAGCACUGCCCGCCUGGCACGCUUCUGCCAGAAACUGAACCGUCUGAAGCCACUGGAAGAGUCUAGCAUGGACACGUCACUGCGACGCUGCCUGUCCACACUGGACUUGACCCUGCUGGGUGUGGGUGGCAUGGUGGGCUCUGGGCUCUAUGUGCUCACAGGCACGGUGGCCAAGGACAUGGCUGGCCCCGCCGUGCUCCUGUCCUUUUUGGUGGCUGCGGUAGCCUCCUUGCUGGCAGCCCUGUGCUAUGCAGAAUUUGGAGCCCGUGUGCCCCGCACUGGCUCUGCAUACCUGUUCACCUACGUGUCCAUGGGUGAAAUAUGGGCAUUCCUCAUAGGCUGGAAUGUGCUCCUGGAGUACCUCAUUGGAGGUGCUGCUGUGGCCCGUGCCUGGAGUGGCUAUCUGGAUGCCAUCUUUAACCACAGCAUUCGCAACUUCACAGAGUCUCACAUGGGUGUCUGGCAGGUGCCCUUCCUGGCCCGUUAUCCAGAUUUUCUGGCCGCCGGCAUUUUACUUGUGGCUUCUGCCUUUGUCUCCUGUGGAGCCCGAGUCUCCUCCUGGCUGAACCACACGUUCUCAGCCAUCAGUAUGAUUGUCAUCCUUUUCAUCAUCGUCCUGGGUUUCAUCCUGGCCCGCCCUCACAACUGGAGCCCAGAAGAGGGUGGUUUUGCACCCUUCGGCUUCUCUGGCAUCCUGGCAGGCACGGCCACCUGUUUCUAUGCCUUUGUGGGUUUUGAUGUCAUUGCCGCCUCCAGUGAGGAGGCCAAAAACCCUCGGUGGGCUGUGCCCAUGGCCAUCGCCAUCUCCCUUGGCCUGGCAGCUGGCGCCUACAUCCUGGUCUCCACUGUGUUGACCCUCAUGGUACCUUGGCACAGCCUGGACCCUGACUCGGCGCUCGCUGAUGCCUUCUACAGGCGUGGCUACAGCUGGGCCGGCUUCAUUGUGGCGGUUGGUUCUAUCUGUGCCAUGAAUACGGUCCUGCUCAGCAACCUCUUCUCCCUGCCUCGCAUUGUCUAUGCCAUGGCCGCCGACGGGCUCUUCUUCCAGGUGUUUGCCCGUGUGCACCCCCGGACACAGGUGCCUGUAGUAGGAAUCCUGGUGUUUGGGGUCCUCAUGUCUCUCCUGGCGCUGCUGAUGGACCUGGAGGCGCUGGUCCAGUUCCUGUCCAUCGGCACCCUGCUGGCCUAUACCUUUGUAGCCACCAGCAUCAUUGUGCUGCGCUUCCAGAAAGCUUCUCCACCCAGCUCCCCGUGCCUCGCCAGCCCUGGUCCCACAACUAAGAAGUAUGACUCCUUCUCGGACCACAUACAGCUAGUGGGUGCUGAACAGACCUCCAUGUCUGAGACUGGGCAGCUGCGACCAGCCCUGAAGCCUUUCCUGGGCUUCCUGAAUGGAUGCAGCCCUGGAACUGCUGUGGCCUGGGCGCUUGGCAUCUUGGUAGCCUCAGCUAUCUCCCUGGCAUGUGUGCUGGUCUUCGGGAACUCAGACCUGCGCCUCCCACGGUGGGGCUACGUCCUGCUGCUGGCCGUCAGUGGUUCUGUCUUUCUGUUCAGCCUUCUGGUCCUGGGGGCUCACCAGCAGCAAAAGAAACAAGACACUUUUCAGAUCCCGUUGGUGCCCCUAACUCCAGCCCUCAGCAUCCUUCUCAACAUUUGCCUCAUGCUGAAGCUGAGCUACCUGACGUGGCUGCGCUUUAUCUUCUGGCUGCUGGUUGGACUCAUCGUGUAUUUUGGCUACGGGAUCUGGCACAGCAAGGAGAACCAGAGGGAGCCACUGGAGCUGACGACCGCACACUAUGUGGUGUUCCCCAGUGGCAGCCUGGAGGAAACAGUGCGGGCUGUGCAGCCUGCUGGCCAGGCCCCAGGCCAGGAGGAGGCAGGCUGCACGGAGUAGCUGGCCAGCCUGUGAGGCUGCCUCAGAGAGGGCCCCCGCAUCGUCCACAUCGGAGGCCAGGAUUGGCAGCUGUCUGCCCAAGGAAGCUUGGAUUUGAAGCCUUCCCAGACUGGGCUGGGCGGGUUGUCAGUUCCCAGGAAGUGAUAACGGGAUAGGCCUUGGCCGGUGCUGGCAUAUACUCACUGCCCAGGGCUUUCCUGUUUAUGAUCCACUCUGGAUGCCUGGGCAGGUGGAGCAGAGUGGGCAGGGAAGAGGCCCCAGCACCUGGGACCCAUAAUAAUAACUAAUCAGCGAGUGUUAUAAUCAGCUGUCGUGUACGCUGUGGCAUUCUUUGUGGCACUGAGUUCUUACUUGCCUGAAGAACCAAACAAUUGUCCCCAGUCCACAGCAGAGACACAGAGGUCUACGAGAAGUACAUGCAUAAUGUGAAGAGGGGCUUGUGGGAAGACAGGGUCGGAUUCCUCAUAUGUCCUCCAUAAGGGUGUGCGUGCGUGCGUGCGUGCGUGCGUGCGUGCGUGCGUGCGUGCGUGCGUGCGUGCGUGUAUGUAUGUUAGUGGUGCUUGAGAUGGAAGUUAAGACCUUGAGAUUGUUAGGCAAGGAUUCCACUAGUGACCUGUAUCCCCAGAUCCCUGACAUGUCCUCUAGCAGGGUAACCUGGACUCAGAAAGCAACUGAAAAAGGCA